CGAGUGAACCGUUAGCAGCAGCAGCUAGAAGAAGAGCCGAGCUGCCCAGUGCAACUAGUGAUAAAUAGAAGAGCAAGAGACAGACACUCGACUCGUAAAGUGAACCCAUCCGAUCCCCCAGUGAGUGCAGUGUGUGGUCCGGAGCCAAAACUAUUUGGAUUACUUGGAUACCUGGAUACCUGGAUACCGAUACGAAGCGAUCGCCCCAGAAUGCACAUCCCGUCAGGCGUUCUACUAGUCCUGGCUGUGGCCACCGGCCUGUGGGCCAGCUGCGCGGAGGGAGCAGCCACUGGAGCACCCUCGGCCACGGCCACCACGGCCAAGCCGAAGGGAUUCGAGGCACGAUCGCUGGACGUUAGCUCCAGCGGAGGCGAGGAGGAGCUGGACGACUUCGAGACCCAGGCCCAGACGCAUCUGGCCUACCGCCAGCAGCCGCAGCAGCAGCGCCAGCUCUAUGAGUACAGCGAGGAGGAUCAGGAGGAGGCACCGCGCCAGGUGUACGCCAACCGAAAUGCCAAGCAGCAGAGCAACUUCCUCAAGAUCCAGGGACAGCUGAAGAAGCCCCUCAGCGAGGAGAGCGAGGAGGAGGAGGAUGAAGUGGAGGAGCCCGACCGUCUGUCUACCCUGCUGAGCAAGUCCUCCUUCAGCUGCACGGACAGGAACUCCGGAUACUAUGCCGAUGAAUCGCUGAGCUGCGAGGUGUUCCACUACUGCCAGGAGAGCCAGAAGCACUCGUGGAUCUGCCCUGAGGGCUUCACCUUCCACCAGAUCCACCUGAUCUGCAUGCCGCCCUCGCACGACAACAUCUGCAAGCAGUCAUCCAAGUACCACAUAGUGAACGACUACCUGUACAAGCCGAUCAACCUGCAGGAGCACCAAAGCAAGCCCAAUGUGACGCUGCGCUACUCGGAGCGCUACUUCCCGGAGAACUACUACGAGCACGAGCGCUACGAUGACGAGGAGGAGGAGCUGCCCGCCGCGCCAAGGCCACGCAUCCAGCAUCAGCAGCAGCAGCACCACCAGCAGCAGCAACACCACCAGCAGCAACAGCAACAGCCCCAGCAGCAGCAUCGCCAGGUGGUGGCCUACCAGCAGCCACAGCAGCAGCCCCAAGUGAGGGUACAAUACCAGCAGCAGCCGCAGCAGCACCACCAACAGGCUCAGCCUCAGCCACAAGUGGUGACGCAGAUCCGCCACCAGCCGCAACCUCAGCCGACUACCCUGGCCUACCGGAAGCCACUGCCCGUGACCACAGUCCAGCCCCAGUUGCAGUUGCAUCAGCUGCACCAGCCCCAAUUGCAGCUCCACCAGCAGAGGCCACAGACGCUGGCGCCGACCGUGACGCCGGCACCGUACCGCUUCUUCACCACCGCCCCCCAGCUGCAGCACUUGCAGCAGCAACAACAGCAGGUCUUCCGCACGCCCGAGGAGAUCAACAUAUCGCUACAGCAGCGCCGGCCGCAGGUGUUCAUUGCCACAACGCCGAGGUAUUAUGAGGAUGAGUACCUCUACGAGCGGAGGAAGUGAGGAGGAUGGCGGAGGAGUGAGCAGAAAACAGUCUUGUCGUUCCCUCGGAUCCAACGUCCACCUCUCGUGUACAUUCCCCUUCUCUAAGUAGCUUUAAGCUCUCGCCCCCGCAGCUGUCUGUCAGGCCCGAAAAACCUUGCGCGAGUUUUGUGUACCUAUUUGUAAUAUUUAAUGUCCUGCUAGAAGAAUCCGCCUUCUAACUCAAUUCGUUAAUAAAGGAAGCCACAUUAAGUUA